AUGAUUACUGCUGAUAAAUAUGAUAAUUCAUUGUACAAAUUUCUUGGUAUCGCUUUACUUAUCAUCCAACAAACAUGUAUGCCGCUGUUGUCAUAUUCAACACAGUAUCGUAUCACCGACGAAAGAUUUCUUACAACAGUAACUGUACUUAUUGGAGAAAUAGUGAAAUUUCUAAUUGCUUCAGUUAUAAUUAUUUUAAAUGAAAAAUCAUUCAAGAAGUAUCUUUCAUCUUGCUAUAAUAUUAUCAUUGGUAAUUAUAGUGAAACGCUUAAAAUAUGUUUAAUAGCUGUAAUUUAUGCAAUUCAAAAUAAUUUAUAUUAUAUUGCAUUUACACAUUUGGAACCAACAACAUACUGUUUAACACAUCAAAUUAAAAUAUUUAUUACCGCUUUAAUGCUUUGGAUAAUGCUUGGCCAUCAUUUUUCAUGGCAACAAUGGUUUGCACUAAUUUUGUUAGCUAUUGGAAUAGCUAAUAUUCAAAUGCAGCAUAUUCCAUCUAAUCAAAAUCCUAAAAUUAAUCAAAAGCCAUUGCUUGGAUUUAUUAUUGUUCUUACAAUGUGUUUCACAUCAGCUUUUGCUAGUAUUUACUUCAUUAAUUAA